AUGUCAUCGGAAUCGUCUCCUCUCGGGAUGACUCUUCUCACUCUCUUUCUCACUUCUCUCUCGUCCACGUUCGAGGUAUUACUCGAAUGUUCGAUCGGAUUUUUAAUGGCUCGUGUGAAAAUGUUAAAACUUCUCAACAAGGAUCGAAUUCGAUUUUUAUCCAAAUUGUGGUUCAAUUUGUUUAUUCCAAGUUUGUUUUUUAUUGGAAUUUCACAAGCAUUUUCGGCAGAGGUGUUUCGAAAAUUGUACAUGAUUUUUGUGUUUGGAAUUUUAUUAGAAUUAUUGGGAAUUUUUUUUGGAAAAUUGUUAUUCCUAAAAUGGUUAUGGAGGGAAAAAUUAAGUGACGUUUCUAGAAGUGUGUUAAAUUUAACGUUGGUCUGUCAUACCAGUGUUUCAUUACCACUCGUGUUUUUGGAAGCUCUUUGUAAAGUUUCAACCUUGGAAAAUAAUCCAGUAUUUAACAUGACCUACGCACAAGCUCAUGACAGUUCUGUCACUGCUUCUUCAGUAUUUAUCAUUCCAACCGAAUUGAUUUUUUACACGUAUGGAUAUCAUUCGUUUCGAUUGGGAGCUGAACGAUUAUUGAAAGAAGAAUUUAAGAGAAAUGAUCAUUCCAAUACCUUAAUUCAUGAAAAUGAAUCUCUUAAUUUAGAUCCAGUCCACAAGGAAGAGCAUUCAAAAGUAGUAGUAGAAAUGGAAAAAGCAGAAGAAACAAUGAAAGAAUUGCAAGAUGAAGAAUUAUUACUUGGAAAGGAAGAAAAAAUUGAACUUUUGGAAAAUUUGGAAUUCCAAAAUCCAACGAUUCCAAAUCCAAUCGAUCCAUCAGUAUUCGAAACAACACCAAACUCAACCCUUCCAAUCACAUCAAAUGAUCAUCCAAUCCAAUCUCUAGAGAUGGACACACGUGCGUCUCCUUCUACAUGGUUUCAAAAGUUGAAAUUUCUCAUUUUCAAACAUUGGCCCAAAUGUAAGGAAUUUCUUGUCAAUGUCUUGUCACCGCCUUUGGUAUCGAUCUUUUUGGCCAUCAUACUUGCAUUGAUUCCACCCGCAAAGGAAUUUCUAAUUGUAAAUCCUCCAAUUUUUGUGUCGUCGUUGAAACAUAUUUGUGAAACAUUUGCACAAGCAGUGUCACCUGCAGCGUUGAUUGUAUUGGGAGGAAAUUUGGCUCUUACCUUGUUGAAAGAAGAGGAAGAAACAGAAGGAAAUGAUGACCGACGUCGUUUGACAUUGUCAUCAACAACAACAUCAACAACACAUACUGAGAGAGUGACCGUGAUGUCCAAAUUAAGGAAUUUAUUGGGAAAAUUGAGAGAACUUUUUCGAGUCAAGAGAAUUCAUCCUUUGGCCAUUGCCAUCUCUGUCGUUGUUAAAUUGGUUGUAUUUCCAUUGAUUGGAAUUGGAAUUGUAGCAGCGAGUGUGAAAUUGCAAAUUUUACCUUCCAAUGAUCCCAUUCUAAUUUUGGUCGUUCUGAUUCAAUUCUCAAUGCCCAUGUCCAUGAGUUUGGCAGGAUUGUCCAGUCUCAAUAAGGAUUAUGGACAAGAGGAAGUGUGUGAAUUGUUGUUAUGGCAUUAUUUAUUAUGUCCUUUCACAUUGUCAUUGUUUUCGACAUGGUUCUUGUCAUUGUCUUGUCAAUUUUUGGAUGUAGAAAGUGCUUCGAAAUUGUGUCGAACGUAUUAA